AUGCAGGUAUUUUUUUGGGGGGAGGGAAGGACUUGUUUGGCAGCCAGGUACGGGCAUGUUGAAGUUGUUCAUUGCUUGCUGGAAGCCGGCGCCGACAAGAAUACGGGCAACAUGGCUGGCAAUAUGCCCUUGCACCAUGCUGCUUUGCUGGGCCAUGUGGAAGUUGCUAGGUGCUUGUUGGAGGCCGGUGCUGACAAGGACAAAGCCAACCGUGCUGGCGUGACGCCUUUGCAGCAAGCAGCCCAGCACGACUAUUUGGCAUUCGUGCGUUGCUUGGUGGAAGCUGGUGCUGACAAGAACAAAGGUGACCAUCUGGGAAUGACGCCUUUGCAUGUUGCGGCCAAGAAUGGCUGCUUGGAAGUCGUGCGCUUCUUGUUGGCAGCGGGGGCUGACAAGGACCAGCGCAACAAUUCUGGCCUUACGCCGAUGCAGCUUGCUGCUCGCUAUGGCAAUGUGGAUGUCGCACGCUGCCUCCUGAACGUUCCCAGUGUCCGCUCGGAGCCCGAAUGGAUGUGCAAGCGCAGGCGGAACUGA